AUGACGGAUCAGCUGGAGAAAUGGGAUACAAUAGGCAAUAAUCUCUGGCUUCGGUCGGAUAUCGGCCAAUAUGACAUGUCCCCGUUGCCCAGCGUUUUCAGAAAAGGAUUGAUCGCAAUAAUCCUCAUCGCUAGUCUUUCAGUACUUACGACAUUCGCACUUUUAAUUUUCGUCGCGUACCGGUUGAUCUUCUCGCGUUCACACUCCUCACGAUACGUCGGCUACAAUCAGUAUAUCAUUCUAAUCUACCAACUCAUUCUUGCGGACUUACAACACUCAUUGGGCUAUUUGAUCUCGGUGAAAUGGUUAGUGGAGGACAAAAUAACCGCGGACUCUUGGACGUGUUUUGUUCAAGGGAUGUGGUUGCAGCUUGCAAACCCUGGCAGUGGUCUGUUUGUGCUGGCAAUUGCCAUCCACACGUGUCUGGCGGUUACGAUGAACCGAAAAUUGAGCUAUAGAGCAUUUGUUGCUUUUAUAAUUAGCAUCUGGGUCUUCUUGGUGGCUCUGGUGAUCAUCCCAAUCGCGAUGCACGGAAGAGAGGCUAUCGUCCCAUCGGGUCCCUGGUGCUGGAUCAAUUCGAAAUACGAACCACUUCGUCUCUACACUCAUUAUCUCUGGAUCUUCGUUGCCGAGUUCGGCUCUGCAUCCCUGUAUGCAAUCGUGGCGUUCCAACUACGCCAAAUAAUCACACAGUCUGCAAUUCUCGAGAACAGACGCACCGAGACGGGUCGCAUGGCGAUGAUGCAAGGGAUCACGCCAAGUCCCGCUUAUUUCUGCGCCGCCGCAGCUAUAAUAACGUCCUCCGGGGUCGUCGACGUCACCAUCUACACGCUCACUCGCCGGAACCUGAUCACUAACUCCGAGCCGGGCUACGACCAUAGUCGUGACCGUUUCGGCAUCAGUACAUCGCGCAAGCACGCGCAUCACCUUGCAACCAUCACCGCAGAGCCUAAAACCAAUCGUGCGGGUAUCAGCAGACUCAGGAGCCGAAGUCAUAAAGUCACCCAGGCCGGUGGCAGCUCAACUGACAAUAUCGCGCACGAUGUGAGCGAGGAUUCGCCAGGCUUGGCCCAAACGUAUAAGCUUACGACAUUCGAGGUUACGAGUGAACGGGUACAUCUAUCCCAAGCUGAAGCGAGUAGGCGCAUGAGCAGGGAUUCAGAACGAAGUACCCCAGCUAUGCCACCUACGGCUAAGUUGUGGGGAUGGUGA